AUGGAUAUGCCGCGGAGGCGCAGCCGGCGGCUGGAAGGCCUAAAGCCUGAGUCCCCCGAGAACCCCACCUCAGUUCUGCGGGCCAGACGGGCCCUUGUGGAGCUCGAGUCAAACCCAGAAGAAAUCAGGGAGCCCGGGUUUCCUCGGAGGGUGCGGCCACCCGGCCUGGGGUCUCCCAGACAUCAGCCGGAGACAAGCCCGAGAUCACCCAGUCUACGGGAGGGGGCAGGCUUGGGGUCCCCCCGAAAGCGGCCAGAGCCGGGCCCAGGGUCCCCCCAGCGUCAGCGAGACCCAGGCCUGGAGUCGCCCCAAAGACAGCCGGAAUCGAGUCCUGAAUCCCUCCGGCUUCAGCCAAAGCCAAGUAGGGAGUCGCCAAAGUUUUCCGAGGACCAAGAAGAGGCGGACUCGGAGUUGCCCAAGAGUAAGGAGAAGCCGCGCUCGGGGUCCCCCCGACAUCAGCUGCAGCCGGGCCCGGGGUCACCAGAGCCCUACCGGGGUCCCGAGCCCUCUCAGCCACUACAGGGCUGACACCCCAGGCCUGGUUCCACACGGGAUCGGCGUGAGCCCAGCAAGCCCCCGCCGGCCGGGCAGCCGGAGAGAGCCGGCCUCGGGCCAGAGAAGCGAGAAGGGUCUUCAGCCCAGGCCCCAGCGUCCAAGAAACCGAAGAAGGAGAAGGUCCCUAAAGUCCCGAAGGGGAAGCCCAGGGCCGGGCGGGGGUGGAAGGACCGCUCAAAGAAGAGCGUCUCCCAGAUGGUCCAGGACAAGGCCCUGCGCACAUCCUGGCCGCGGAAGAUGCAGGACCCGCAGGAGACAGAGCUGGCCAAGGACUUGGCCCGGCACCUGGAGGAGGAGAAGGAGCAGCGCCGGCAGGAGAAGCAGCAGCGCCGCGCCGAGAACCCGAAACGCCGCCCGGAGAACGGGCGGAAGGUGGAGAUCGUCCAGGCGCCCCGAAACCCCGCCAAGCGCAAGCGGGCGAAGCAGCAGCAGCUGCGCUCCGCGGAGAAGCAGGCCGCUGGCCCAGCUGCAGCAGCUCCGAGCUCAGCAUGGCCGAGGCCUUCUGUGGCCAACUGCCGUGCCACACACGGCAGCCCUCGGGCCACUGGCCACACGCCUCUGCUGACCCAGGACUCCGGCUCCGUGGCUCCAAAACAGGGGCUCCACCCGAGGCGGGGCUCUGAGCCUCCCAGAGGGCUCACAGGCAGGUCUCUGUGGCACAGGGACCCAGAGGUAGCCUAG